CAUUAGUUUUGUCGGGACCGUUCGCGAGUUUGUUCUCUCCGUUCUAACCGUUAGCGCCGCAAACAUUAUUUUUUUAUUGAACACGACGUCGUGAAAUGUGUCGAUGACUAUUGUUUAUUUUUCGUAAGUUCAUUUAAAAAAUAAUAAUAGCAAGCGUUUGUCAGUUUUCGGCCGUGGUGUAAUUUAAUUUCCUUUUGAUUUUUUUAAUAACAUUUCAUCUCUGUCAGAAACAGAAAUCAUUAGCGUUUUAUCGGUCUAGAGUUUAAAUAAACUUUUAAACUAUUAUUGUUACUAAUGUUGAUUAGAACAGGACCAACUAUUCAUUGAAAAACCGCCAUUGGAAAAAAACCGAGACAAAACAAAACAAAACUUUCAAGUUUAAAGAGUAUUUGUUCGUAUAAGCGAGGUUUUCAUAGUAUACUAUAAUGAUGGAUAUUAUUACAAUACUAAAACAUUUUCGAAAAUGACAUUGCAAAAUCGUUAUUGAAGACAAGGCAUGGAAAAAAAUCAUUACGUUGAACACUUGCAAGUGCUUUGGGUAUUGUGUUUCUGUAUAAUAAACAGUUAUGCCAUUAUUCCAGAAAAUGUUUCAACCACAACAAUUACUGUGCCCAUAGCUACUAUUGAAGAAAAUUUGGUGGAAGAAAAUGAUCAUCACCUUCACGAAGUUGGAUCAAAAUGGUCUCCAUUAUUUGAAGACGGCCCAGGUCCUAUCAAUGUUACAGCUCGCAUUGGUUCGACUGUAUUAUUAGACUGUAAAAUUCAACUUCUUUACGAUAAAACGGUGACGUGGGUUCAUCGAAAAGCAGAUGUUAUACAACUACUAACUGUUGGUCGACAAGUACAUAGUUCAGAUCAAAGGAUUUCAUUAAGUUUUAGAUAUCCAAAUAAUUGGAGGCUACAGAUUGUCUAUAUUACCGAUAGAGAUGAUGGUGUUUACGAAUGUCAAGUAGCAACGCAUCCACCAACAAUUAUGAAGACUUUUCUAAAAGUCGAUGUACCUAUAGUACGAAUGUCUGUUACCGGGACUGGUGACGUGACUAGAGAUGAAAGUGAUAUCUUUUUCAAAAUUGGCAGUACGCUGGAGAUCGUUUGUAAGAUAUUCCAUGUCGGAAUCCAUAACGGAUCCAAAGUGUUGUGGUAUAGAGGACGGCAAUCAAUUUCUUCCGGAAUCAGCGAAAGAAUAAACAGCAAUGCUAGUUACACCACUGUUGUAUCUACCUUAAAAAUUAAACAUGUUCAAAAAAAACAUUCAGGCAACUACACGUGUCUUGUUGGAUCACCGUCAGCUUCUGCAGCAAUUACUAUUCAUAUUCUAAAUGGUGAACAACCUGCGGCCGUUCACGAUGGAAAUUCUGGUCCUUUGGUCUGCUGCGUCGCGGGUUGGUGGCUAUUGACUCUUUGUUGCUUAGUACUGUCCAGCUGAUUCAUUGACGAAUAAAAUUAAUUUAUAUUAUAUUGGUUCAUGUAUUUAAAAAAACUGCAUGUUGUU